AUGGGCUUCGACAUCGCCCUCCUAUGGAGGGCCCCAGAAGUCAACCCCAUCACCAAAAAGGCCAGAAGCGUCCCCAUCCUCAACCCCUUUGACCCCUACGGCCGUGUCUUUUUCUUUUCCUGGCUGGGCUUUAUGCUCGCAUUCUGGGCCUGGUACACAUUUCCGCCGCUCCUGUCCGAGACCAUCGCCAAGGACAUUAACUUGACGACAACACAAGUGGCCAACUCCAACAUCGUCUCACUCGCAGCCACAUUCUUCCUCCGCUUCGUCGUCGGCCCUCUAUGCGACCAGUGGGGCUCGCGCAACGUAUACGCGGGUCUCCUGAUGGUAGGCUGCCUGCCGAUCGGCAUGGCACCUCUCGUCAAGGACGCCACGGGUUUAUAUGUGUGCCGGUUCUUCAUCGGCGUGCUCGGCGCCACGUUUGUCCCCUGCCAAGUAUGGUGCACAGGCUUCUUCGACAAGAACGUUGUUGGCACGGCCAACGCCAUUGCGGGCGGCUGGGGCAACGCCGGUGGUGGGCUCACGUACGUCAUCAUGCCGGCCAUCUUUGACUCGUUUGUGCACGAUGAGGGAAUGACGGAGCACAAGGCGUGGCGGGUGACAUUCGUGGUCCCACUUGUGUGCCUUCUGGCGUGCAGCAUAAGCAUGGCCCUUCUGUGCGCAGAGUCACCUCUGGGUACGUGGAGCGAGCGCGAGCAGCGCAUCCGAGAGAACCUUGCAACCCACAGUCUUCAGAACCAGGAGAUAGCCGACGUGCCCGGCAAGGUAACCGGCCUCCGGUCCUCGGAAGGUGUGCUGUCAGAUGAAGAAAAGGGCACUAUCUCGGGCUCGGAUAAGUGCUCCGGCCCGGACAACAAAAUCGAGCUGUUCGGCCGCGAAGGCGAAGCAUCCAUGACCAAGAGCGAGGCGUACGAGACGGCACAGGGCGAGACGAUUAUCAAGCCCACGAUUCGGGAGGCUCUCCCCGUGUUCAUGUCGCUACAGACCCUCUUCCUCGUGUGCACCUACGGCUGCUCGUUUGGCGGGGAGCUGGCGCUUAACGCCAUAGUGAGCUCCUACUUCAUGAAGAAUUUCCCCCACCUAGACCAGAGGCGCGCGGGAAACUACGGCUCCAUCUUUGGCUUCCUCAACUUCGCCACCCGGCCCCUGGGUGGUAUAGUGUCGGAUGCGCUGUACCGCUGCACGGGACGGAACCUUUGGUCCAAGAAGCUCUGGGUCACCUUCUGUGGCGUGGCCACGGGUGUGACACUCAUCAUCGUCGGACGCGUGGAUCCUUCCGCAGCGGAAGGGUCAAGUCUGGGUCUCCUGGUGGGACUGGUGGCCUUGGUGGCCAUCUUCCACGAGCUCGGCAAUGGAGCCAACUUCGGCCUCGUGCCGCAUGUGCACCCCUUUGCCAACGGCAUCGUAUCGGGGGCUACGGGGGCUGGAGGCAAUCUAGGUGGCGUGGUGUUUGCGAUCGUGUUUCGCUUCAUGAACGAUGGGAAGGACUAUGCCAUGGCGCUGUGGGUGAUUGGCAUCAUGCAGUUGGGGAUCAACCUCGCUGUAUGUUGGAUCCCGCCUAUUCCCAAGGGACAAAUUGGGGGGCGUUGA